GGCAUGUAAUGUUCUAUUUGUAUUUGAAAAUUUGAAUCGGGAGUAUCUUUUAUUAGAGAAGAAGAAUGAUGAACACAAACCCUAAGAAAUUAUUGUUUGUGUUAGUGUCUUUCUUUGCCAUUUCCAUAUCAAUUGCCAUGGCUGAUUCUGAUGAAGCUUCUUCAACUCAUUCCAUAGCUUCAUCCAUACCCUCUUCACGCCCCGCAGUUCACAUUGUGUACACCGAAACGCCUCCGGAUGAGGACCCCAAGCACUUCCAUAUCCGAACCCUGGCUUCUGCUCUCGGAAGUGAAGAGGCUGCCAAGGAUGCGCUUGUUUACAGUUACAAGACGGCUGUUAGUGGAUUCUCUGCAAAGCUCACUCCCGACCAGGUUUCUCGAGUUUCCCGUGAGAAAGAGGAGGAGAAGGACAAAUCGUUGGUUGAUGAACUUUAUGGGUUACCGGGUUUGAGCUCCAACAAUGCUCUUGAGAUUUUUCUAAUGUUGUUUGACGAUGUCCAAAAGACCGAUUGCUUUCUUAGUUUCCAUAUGAACAAGAAAUAUGAGUAUUGCAUGGAUCUUCUUGGCAGGCGCAGCUGACCAUGCAUUGAGAUUCCUAUCACUUCAUACUCUUGUGUAUGACUUUUUUGUAGGACUUAUAUGAUGAAGUUAUGUAUUAUGAAUUUCAUUACGACUUGCUUGUAUAUCAUUCAUGCCUAAAUUAUUGCAAUCAAUUGUUAA